UGGCAGGAGGUCGGGCGCAGGGGAGGAGGAGGAGGGAGAGCUCACAGUAACUCCGGGCUGCGGGGAUUCUCCACUUGGCACAAGACGGAGAGGACGCGCGCGGAAGCACCGCGAUGGGAUCCGAACCAGCGUCCACCUGAUUGCCUGGACUGCGUUUGUGGGGGAUUUUUACGCACUGCUGAAGAGUAGAAACCAAAUGCUGCAGAGAUGAGUGUUGCGCGGCUUUGCGACCUUCUUAAGGAGCCCGUCUCCUGAUAGAGGGAUUAGAACGGACAAAACGAGGCUGUCCAUCAUCUUUUCAAAAAAGAAGAUCGUAAAGGUGGAGCGAUUAGAGAAGGGCUGAUGACGGGACUAUUAAUCCUUUCAGUGCGCCAAAAGCACCAAAGGGUUUUAGAAACGUUUGGAUGGAAAUCGGGCGAAUGUUUGGAACUGUUUUUGGUUUUAUAUGAAACUGGUGAUUAGGGUUUUUCGUGACAAGAAAUUUCAUAUACAUUUAUAUUAAUAUUGAGGAAUAUAUUUGUUUGGACUUUUUCCUCCUUUCUUUUUUGAGCGGUUUCCGGUUGUGCACUGUCAGAAACUAAUUUUUUCCCCUGUUCAAUCUAAAUGGAAUUAGUUGCGUCUGAAGGUGUUUGUGAAAGGAACAGACAUGGUACAUGGACUCAGCUUCCAUCACGUUGUUGUGAGUCUCCUCAUACUUGGGUUGUCUGGGGCAACAAAGAAGGAUACAACAGUGAAAAACAAUUCUGGAGUGAAGCCUGCAGGUCAGUGUGGAACCUGGGUGAAAGAACCAGAAGGAGGCCAAUUUACUUCUCCCAAUUACCCAAACAAAUACCCCCCGAACACAGAAUGUGUUUACAUACUCGAAGCACCCCCAAGGCAGUGCAUUGAUCUACACUUUGAAGAGAACUACUCGAUAGAGUCCUCUUGGGAAUGUAAAUUUGACAACAUCGAGGUUCGGGAUGGACCGUUUGGCUUUUCCCCAGUACUCGGACACUACUGUGGUCAGCAAAGUCCCCCAGAUAUCAGGAGUAGCGGCCGAUAUUUGUGGAUAAAAUUUGUUACAGAUGGUGAGCUGGAAGCUGUUGGAUUUUCAGCAAGUUACAACUUCACUGCAGAUCCGGACUUUGCAGACUUGGGAGCAGCCCCCCCUCUGCCCUCUUGUCAGUAUGACAUGGUUGGUCCAGAAGGUAUCGUUGAGUCUCAUCAGAUCAUCAGAGAUGGGAAGAUUGGCGCCGCUGAGGCCAUCGACUGUAAAUGGUACAUCCACGCUCCACCGCGCUCCAAGGUUAGCAGCACACACUGCGUUCCCAUCCUACCACAAAUUCGAUUUGAGACUAAAUUCUGA